AUGUCUGCUGAUUCAACGUAUUCCGAAGACUUGAAGAAGCUGCUGCAGAAGGGAGCAGAGGCCUUUGCCGAGAAACGGUACGAGAAGUCGGUAGAGUAUUAUUCUGAGGCUUGCGAGAAGUCCAAUCUUCUUACUGGCAAGGAUGAUCCCGAUCUCUUGUUUUUGUACGCCAAGUCGCUGUUUGAGAACGCAGUCUCCAACUCGGGAGUUUUGGGAGGACAGAUCAACAAGGAGGAGAAGCCGGAGGAAGCUGAGGACCCAAGCGGAAUGUUCCAGUUCAACGAGCAAUUAGCUGAAAACGAGGAGGAAGAAGAGGAGCAAGAGGAAGAGCAAGAGGAAGAAGAACAAGAAGACGAUGAGAAAGAGCAAGAGGAGGACGAGGGCGAGGAGCAAACGGAUUUUGAGGUCACUUGGGAGAUUUUGGAUCUUACAAGAACUUUGUACGAGGAGAAGCUCGAACAGUUGGACAGUGGGGAUUACGCGACUCCGCUGCUGGCCUCCGACAAGCAGGACGCUGAAGAAACGAGCUCGCCAUACGUGGUAAUCAAGAAGAAGCUCAGUGACGUUUACGAUCUUUUGGGAGAGAUUUCAUUGGAAACGGAGAACUUUAGCCAGGCCGUUCAAGAUUUGACUACAUUGACCAAACUGAGAGCUGAGCUUUACCCGCUUGGCUCGAGACUUAUAUCUGAGGCUUACUACAAACUUUCGCUUGCCUCAGAGUUCAACACUGGCGAGGCAGGAUCGAGCGCGUUGGCUGUUAAGGCUAUGGAAAAGGCUCUUGAGUCUCUACGCGAGAACUACAAGACCGAUCAGGACAGGGAUGAGUCUCUUUUACAGGAGAUGGAGCAGAGACUGGAAGAUUUGAAGAAGGGAGACGCUGCUAUCCAGGAAGAGAAGAAGAAGAUCAUGAUGGGUAUUCUUGGAGAGAGCGACGCCACAGAGACAGUCUCAAAGACAGUUCCAAAAGCUGCUCCUGUCAACGACCUGACUGGAAUGGUGAAAAAGCGCAAACAGCCGGGUUCCAAAGUGGUUAACAAGAAAGUGAAGACCAGUAAAUAA